UUGGUGUCAGAGGAGGGGAGGAGUGACUCACAAGUCACUAGCACAAGCAGCGAGUAAAAUCUGUUCAAUGACUCACAGUCAAACUGUGCAAGCCCGUCCACUCCGCAGUGCUCUCUGGAUAGUACUCAGCACAGUUCAUUUAGACAGCGACAGCAGCUACCUGUCCACCACCGCGCAUCGUUCGCAAAAAGGUCCCGAAAACUGCGACUGGAGCGCGUGGACUAAAUUGUCUUUGCUGCGGAGACUGUAGGACACAAUUACAACUAUAACUCAGGAAGAAAUGAAGAAACGCACGAGGAUAAAUUAAUUGAUAUGAUAACACACUAACAAUGCAGAAUAUUUUUUCCCGAUACAUGACUAAUUCUUUUUUAAAUAUUCAAUACUUACUCGUCUGUAUUUCUUUUCCAAAACACAAAUAAAAACGCAGGAUGAGAACCCUGAUGUUAAUGGUUUUACUUGGAGCGAUGGAGGUCCUGGCGGCUCAGAGCGACUGUGAGUCGGGCCAGCACACCAGCGACGGGGAGUGCUGCUUGCAGUGCCAGCCUGGAGAGGGCGUGGUCCAGAAGUGCGGAGCCAAGCAGACGGUCUGCGCCCAGUGCCUGGACAGCGAGACAUUCUCCGAGAACUACAGCCACACGGAGGUGUGCCAGCCCUGCACGCAGUGCACGGGCCUCUUCCGCAUGCUGACGCCGUGCACGGACUCCAACGACGCCGUGUGCGUGUGCGACUACGGCUACUACCUGAGCAGCCUGACGGGGCACUGCCGGGCCUGCACGGCCUGCCCGCUGGGCCACGGGGUGGUGGAGGGCUGCGCCGGGGAGCACGACACCGUCUGCGACGAGUGCCUGGACGACACCUACUCGGAUCAGGAGAGCUCGCUCGACCCCUGCCUGCCCUGCAGCAUCUGCGAGGAGGGCGUGGAGCUGGAGAUGCGGCCCUGCUCGCCCAUCAACGACGCCAUCUGCCGCGACCCAACUCUUCCGUCAGCCUCCCCUUCUCCCUCCGACUCCCCGUUCCCCUUCACGGAUGGUUCCAGGCCCGAGUUCGCCCACAGCCCCGCCCCUACGGAGAGCGGCACCACGGCCAGCUCCACCAAGGUGCUCACCCACGGCUUCAACGAGAACCUCAUCCCCAUCUACUGCUCCAUCCUGGCCGCCGUGGUGGUGGGGCUGCUGGCCUACAUCAUUUUUAAGAGGUGGAACAGCUGCAAGCAGAACAAGCAGGCUGCCAACAACCGCACGGUGAACCAGACGCCGUCGCCCGAAGGGGAGAAGCUGCACAGCGACAGCGGCAUCUCCGUGGACAGCCAGAGCCUGCAGGAGCAGCAGCAACAGCAGCAGCAGCAGCAGCAGCAGCAGGGCCAGCAGACACAGGCGCAGGCUCCUGCGCAGACAGUGGUGAGGAUGGACGGGGGCCCCAGCUCGACUCUGCCCCCGCACAAGUGCGAGGAGGUGGAGCGGCUGCUGAACGGAGGGGGCGGGGCGGUGGAGCAGGAGGAGGGCCGGAGCUGGUGCAGCCUGGCGGGGCUGCUGGGCUACGAGGAGGAGCACAUCGCCUCCUUCCAGCAGGAGGAGCACCCCGUGAGGGCGCUGCUCUCCGACUGGGCGAGCAAGGACUGCGCCAGCGUGGACGCGCUCUGCACCGCCCUGCGCAAGAUCAACCGCGAUGACAUCGCCCGCAGCCUCGCCCCCCUCCAGCCCCAGCCCCACGGCGACCCCACCGCCACCUCCGCCGUCUGACAUCCCUAAGCCCCGCCCCUGGCCCCGCCCCGAACCCCACUUAUAACCCCGCCCCUCCACUACAGCCUCCACUGUGCGACGCCUCAGAGUGGCGAGUCAAGUUUGUUCUCAAAAUGGAGGACUGGCUCCUCCUGAAGGACUAUGAAGAGGACCCCUGCCUGCUCAUCCCCCCCCCCCCCAAAACCACCCCCCCACCACCACCCUUACCAAACUGCCCUGCCUGCAACCCUGUUCCAGUCAUACUGCAGCUCUGGGUCUGCCGUAUGCGAUCCGGCUCGCUCAGUGUUAACUCCUGAACCUCGAACCCCGAACCCACUGAAACUCACUGUGACGUGACCCGUGGACCCGAUGCCUUAGCCGUAGCCAGAUCCGCCGCCUUCGGCAGCCCGAACCCCGCUUCCUCUCCGUCUCCUGGCCGAAGCUCUUCCGCAGGCGCCUGGUUCCGUCCCGACACCUCCGAUCCAUCCUCUUCCUCCUCCUCUUCCUCCUCAACGUCACCGCGUAGGAGCGGAAGCCGCACGUUCGCCUGCGUCUGCGGAAGUCCCUCACGAGCCUCAAACCCCUCACUUACCCUCCGUUGUCAUAGCGACAACCCCCCCCCUUCCUUUUACAGAAAAGCAAACCAAAAAUAGCACUAUGUUAAUCAAAUUGUAUACUUAUGUAAAAUACUAGCGCGUCGUCGUGUAGAGAUCUUAGACUAGCGGACUUUUUGGACUACGCCCGGGUGGGUUUCCUCUGGGACUGACAGAGAGAGAGAUUGGCCUGGCCACGGGGACUUGCUUCCACAGACGGCCCGCCGCGGCCAACGUCGCCGCCCCCUCCGACGGGAAUUGACUCGGGACGGACAGAAUCCUUUUUUCCGGAAAUUCCACAUUUGAAUGUAGACUGCUCCGUUUAUUUCCCUUUACUGGCGGCGCGUUGCUUUACCGUGGUUCCAAAGUUUACAACCGAAUCGAGCUCUGGCGCGUGAGCGUGUGACUCUCAGAAUGCGGCAGGGCGGUAGUCCCAGACCUUCGUAUCCAGGUAGCAUGUGGUCCCCAAAUUAAGGGACAUGAGUAUUCAUCCCCUGAGAGAGGAAAUGACCCGCAACUCGGCUUGGAUUUGUCCUUCCUCCCUCACACGUACGCGCAAACAUGAAUGUGUACAGUGAGACGCACACACACACACUCACACACACACGCGCACACACACACGGGCGCACUCGCAUUUACAGCUACAGUACACGCCUGUACUCAGAGACACGCGUGUUCCCUGGAUCACAGACACGCAGGUACACGUGUUCCCUGGAUCACAGACACGCAGAAACACGUGUUCUCUGGUUCACAGACACACAGGUACACAUGUUCCCUGGAUCACAGACACGCAGAAACACGUGUUCUCUGGUUCACAGACACACAGGUACACAUGUUCCCUGGAUCACAGACACGCAGAAACACGUGUUCUCUGGUUCACAGACACACAGGUACACAUGUUCCCUGACUCACAGACACGCAGAAACAUGUGUUCUCUGGCUCACAGACACACAGGUACACAUGUUCUCUGGCUCACAGACAUGCAGAAACACGUGUUCCUUGGCUCACAGACACGCAGAAACACAUGUUCUCUGGCUCACAGACACACAGGUACACGUGUUCUCUGGCUCACAGACACGCAGGUACACAUGUUCCCUGACUCAGACACGCAGGUACACAUGUUCUCUGGCUCAGACAGACACGCAGAUGUAUACGUGCAACAGUAGCAGUGGGCGGGGCCAGGGAGUACAUGCUUUGCAUAUCAGGUUCGUCUACUCUCACUUCCCUCCAUUAACCACAACACACGCACACACACACACAAUGUAAUACAUGCAGAUGACAUCACAUCACAGGAAAACCCAAACAGAUAUGCCCUGUAUACUAGCAGCACUAUGAGUUGACUGGAAUCUUACGAAUCUGAAGUAUGGUGGAAUCUGGCACCUUCUACCUGCAUUAGAAACUUGCUUCGUGUGGAGGAUUUAAGGACGUUACUCCAGCCAGUGGACUACCCCUGUGCCGCCUCCUUCACGCUCAUCUUUGUAAACCACACGAUGCACGUCUGGAACAACCACGGUAAAAACAUAACCGUACCAUUUGGCGGUAAGGGUAGGGUGACCGGAUGUCCUGUUUUUCCCAAGACAGCCCUAUAUUUCAACUCCUCCGAUUUAUUCUGAGAAAAUCUCUAUUUGUUACGUAUUUCAGUCUGUAUGGAUUUUUAAAAUUAAAAUUUAAAUGGCUGUAGGUUCUCAUUAGCCUUAUCUACACGGUACUCCAGGGAAUUUGGUCACCCUACCAAAGUUCUCUCAGGGUUUCUCUUUCAGAAAAGACAUUUUCACGGUGGCACUGUCAAAAAAAUAAAAGAGCAGACCCAGAGAUCAAUGUUGGAGGGAAAAUACUCUGCAAAAAUGUUGAAUUCAAAUUCAGUUGGAGGCUACCGCAAAUGUCACUGUCACACCCUGACAGUGGCUUUGUGUCAUUAAUGUGUGCUUGGAGGCCAAGUAGCUCAGUACAGUAGCACUUAGAGGAGGAGUCAGUCUCCUUGUUGUCUUGAUCCUGCCGAACAACAGAGAAAUGGGCGGAGCUCCAGACUCUCUGAAUCCCCACAGGUUACCUGGAACAGGUUGCGCUGUUGAUUGACAGCUUUGGGCUGAGGCCAAACGGAGCCAUUGAAAAGCAGACAGCCAGGGCUUCCUCUUCUCAAUGCACACGACGUGUUCUCCGUUCCGGUUGGUCUGAAAUGGUCAUGAGGCCAAUCGUCGUCAAGUGCCCUUUGCGUGAAGACAAAGGCCACUCCUAGUCAAGGGCGGAAGUAGCCAAAGGUGUGAAACACGUCUGUGUGUCUGUCUGAGCUUUUCUGAGAAGCUCAGCAAGGGCGCCACCACCAGGACCGGAGAGGUUACUACACAAAAAUAAUGUAAAUUAAACACAGUCAGGCUGCACAGAUUGGCACUAGUUGUUUUUUUUUUAAGACUUAGCCACACUGAUAAACUGCUAACAUCCAUUUCCAUUUGUGUUGUGAGGCUUCUGCGUUCUGGCUUUUGGUUCGCGUUCGUGAAGAACGACGCCUGGAAUUCGCAUCCCCUGCCGAACGCGGGGACGAGCGCGGCCCGCGAGCGCAUUUCCGCGGCGGCGCUCCGAUCCCAGCGGCGUCGUUAAGGGGGCGCACAGGGUGUUAUUGGCGAGGCUUCAGCGCGCAUCAGAUCACUGAGUGCCGUCCCGUUUGCAUUUUUCAUUGAUAUUGACAGCCAAGUGAAUACGGCCAAUCCAACCAAUUAGGAAAGCCAUUAGUUACGCGGCGCGGCAGCGAGCCAAUCAAUUUUCUGCUGACCCGCGGCGCCGCCGAAGGCCUCGCGCAGCCCGUGCUUUUAAUGGAAGCCGGGUGACAACACACAGGCGGCCAAUCAGAUUCCUUGUCAGAAACGCAGGGCUUUUUAUUUUUUUUACGAGUUGUUAGCAGUCUUGCGUCAAACAAACAUCCUGUUCAAGUGUCUGAAUAAAAAAAAAAAAACACACACCCGAUGCAUAAAUGCCAGCCGACUUAAACAUUUAUCGUAACGAAUGAAGAUUCACGUCCAUUAUUUUCCUUAUUGUUGUUUUUCUGUUAUGAAUAGUAUUAUGUUU